AUCACCAUGUACAGCUUCAUGGGUGGUGGCCUCUUCUGCGCCUGGGUGGGGACCAUCCUCCUGGUGGUGGCCACGGCGACAGACCACUGGAUGCAGUACCGGCUGUCGGGGGCCUUCGCCCACCAGGGCCUGUGGCGAUAUUGCCUGGGCAGCAAGUGCUACCUGCAGACGGAGAGCAUCGGUGAGGCUCCGGGGCGGGGUCUGGGUUGUGCCUGGGAUCAGAGCCUCCCGCAGGGCAGAACCUUACGGUGGAAAGGCCACCUGUUUUGCAGAUGGAGAACCUUGUGGCUCAGAGAGGGAAAGCGUCCAGCCCAAGCAUACUGGAAUGCCACCCGGGCCUUCAUGAUCCUGUCCUCCCUGUGUGCCACCUCUGGCAUCAUCAUCGGCAUCAUGGCGUUCUCUCAGCAGCCCACUUUCACCCGCUUCUCCCGGCCCUUCUCUGCGGGCAUCGUGUUUUUCGCCUCCACCUUUUUCGUCCUGCUGGCCUUGGCCAUUUACACUGGAGUCACUGUCACCUUCCUCGGUCGCCGCUUUGGGGACUGGCGCUUUUCCUGGUCCUACAUCCUGGGCUGGGUAGCCCUGCUCAUGACCUUCUUUGCAGGAAUUUUCUACAUGUGUGCCUACCGGAUGAAUGAAUGUCGGCGCCUGUCCACUCCCCGCUGAACCCAAACGUGUGCCCCGACUUCAUCUGGACGUCAAAGUCAGGUCACUGAAGAGGAGGGGGAGGGUCUAGAGGCCUGAAAUCCUGGUUCCUAGGGCCUGGUGGAGGCAGUUGAGGAGACCCAAGGCCCCAGCCA